ACACAUGGUCUUAUAAUCACAAGACACACAUAAACACCACUCUUUUUGUUCUUGUUGAUAUAGCUUCAAGAUAGUGUGAACAAUUAACACUAACCAGGUUAUGAUGAAGAACAAAAGGCCUAGUAGAAGGGACAAAAAGGAGAUCAAAGUUACAUAUAUUUCAAGCCCUGUGAAGGUUAAGACAAGUGCUUCAAACUUCAGAGCUAUUGUGCAAGAACUCACUGGUCAAGAUUCCAAUGUUGCUGAAACCUCCAUGCCCAUUGAAGCAAAUGGUUCUGAAAGAGUUCACAAUGUUGCACAGGGCUAUUAUUUGCCUGAGGCUACUUUGUUGAAACCUGAUUACAGUGAGUUUCUUUCGAGAUCAUUGAUGGAGCCAUUCAACCAACAGCUUCAAUACGAUUUGUGGAGUUUUGAUAUGUCCUAGGUUUUUUGAUUAUUUUAUCCAGGUUCUCAU